AUGAAGUUAAGCGAAUGUUGCUGCUUAUGCUACUGUAUUUACGCUCCAAUCAGCGCUUGCAUUGUUAUAACCAUCUGCCUAACCGUCGACAAUAACUACUACGCAGGCCCACUCUGCUGCAUCAAAGAAUUCUAUGUCCCCGCCCUCGAUCUGUCGUCCCGGGACAAGAUUCCGUAUAAUAAUAAUAGUAAUAAAAAUAAUACCGUGAUUAACCCUUCUCUCUUUUUCGAUCUCUCCUUCCAUAACAUCGAGUUCGAGCACAGUAUACGCUAUGGAGAUGUUAACAUCACCAUCUCGUACGACCGAAACGGCACCAUUGCGAGCUACGUAGUUCCGAGCUUUGACCAGGAGUGGUUGGAGACGGACUACCGGCGGGAGGUGGUGGAGAGCCGCGGAGUGCCGUGGGAGAACGCUUUGAAGGCGGUUUUGAAUGGGUCCACGGUGGUUUUUAGGGUUGACCUGGCGGCGCGGCCAAAGUUUAAGAGACAGUUUGGGAAGUAUUCCAAGAAGAAGGAUGUGAGGAUUGGUGCUGACGUGGAGGUUGAUGGAACUGGUCUGAACUCUGAAGAUUUUGGGGUAUAUUCGAAGAGGCAGUAUGUGAGGAUUGGAGCUGACGUGGAGGUUGAUGGGUCCGGGAUGAAGGUGAAGAAAAACCAUAUUUUGCUCAACUCGGCUGAUGUUUAG